AUGGUAUUUGAGGAGAAUGACCUCUAUAACAAUAAUAAUGACGGCCGUUAUAGACGAAAUCCAAGGCCGUCCUUUUCUUCAACAAGGACAACUUCAACAUCAACUACUUUAGCUUCUACGCUGGUUGAUCAAAAUACCACAGAAUCAUAUGCGGGCGCUCCCGUAGAGGCUGUUCCAAGCUCAAUCGUUUCAUUUCAUCAUCCACACUCUCUACAGUCAAAUAACAAUUUUAUACCAGAUAAUGAGCUACAAUAUGGUACCAGCAGCGCAAGAAGAAGUAGGAAAAACAGCGUUAUAAAUGACAUGUCCCCUCUUUUGCCAGAACAGUAUCCUGGCAACAAUAAUGGUAUUCGAUUAUCUUCUUCGCAUUUCAGGUUCUUCUCUCCUGAAGAAAUCAACAACGCUGAAGGUUCUGCAACAUUAGAAAACACUGACUUUAAUAUUACAUGGGACCCAACGCCAGCUUACGAACAACAACGAAUAUACGGCUCAGAGGUACCAUCUCGUAGAUCUUCAAUAAGUUUUGCACAUGAAUUAUCUCGUACAAGGUCAUAUGGUUCGCAAACUUCUUCUGCAAGACAGAAUAUCCAACAACAGCCAUCACGGCCCCCUUCGUCUACCUCUUCUUCAAGUCUAUCAAGGUAUAGCAUAGUAGAAAGAAUUCCUGACGAGCAAAUUGACGAGCUUAACGAUUCCAUUAUGUCAACAUCCUCCCGUGAUUCGACAUCACAUGAUUCUCAAACGUCAAACUCAAAUUCUGAUGACAAUAACUCAAAUGACGAAGGUUAUUAUAAAAAGAGCUCUUAUCAGAUGGAGUUUUUGAAACCAAGGUACCAUGAUAAAUUCUAUUCAGAUUUUACAAGCACACAGACUUUUCAAAGGUUUUAUAUUACGGAAGAGGACUUGGUUAUCGGUAUUGCUGGUUACCGUUACUCCAAAACAAGAUUGUUUGUAUACAAUUUUCUAUGUGUCAUAACUCUGGGGCUUAUGUACCUUUUACUAAGGUGGAUGCCCUCUAAAAGGGUCAAACUUAUUGGUGUCAAAUGUCCUCUUGCCAAAUCAGAAUGGGUCGUCAUUGAGAACGCAUUCGGCGAAUUUUCUAUUGAGCCUGUUAAAAGACAAUGGUAUAAUAGGCCUUUGAGCACGGUUCUCCAUUUGGGUGCCGAUUACAACAUAUCAGAUUCAAACAAUAAUAACCAUCAUACUAGUGAGAAAAACCCGAAUAUUCCAAUCUUAAUUUCAUUCCAAUACAGAUACGUUACUUUCAUUUACUCUCCACUGGAUGAUUUAUUCAAGACCAAUAAUAAUUGGAUAGAUCCCGACUGGCUUGACUUAUCAGCUGUCUACCGUGGUCUACCAUCUGCCAUUCAGGAAGACAGAAUUCUAGCAUUCGAUAAAAACCAGAUCAAUUUAAAAGUAAAAAGUACCUCACAAAUAUUAUUCGAUGAAAUUCUGCACCCAUUUUACAUUUUCCAAAUAUUUUCUAUAAUAUUGUGGAGUCUUGACGAAUAUUAUUAUUACGCUGCAUGUAUUUUCGUGAUAUCCAUGCUAUCCAUCCUUCAAAGUCUAUUUGAAACUAAAAAAGCAUCAAAAAAUCUAUCUGAAAUAUCUCAUUUCAAUUGUGAUGUCCGUGUUUUCAGGGAAGAAUUCUGGACAAACGUAACUUCCAGUGAUUUAGUACCAGGUGACGUGUACGAAAUCUCAGAUCCUUCGCUGACAACUUUUCCAUGUGAUUCCAUUCUAUUAACUGGUGAUUGUAUUGUAAAUGAGUCAAUGCUUACAGGUGAAUCUGUCCCAGUUUCAAAAUUUCCUGCAACAGAAGAUACGAUGUUCCAGUUAAUUGAUGAUUUUCAAAAUACCCAAAUUUCAAGCUAUCUAGCCAAGUCGUUCCUAUUUAAUGGUACAAAAAUAAUACGGACAAGAAUUCCUCAAGGCCAAUCAGCAUGUCUAGCAAUGGUGACACGUACUGGAUUUUCCACGACUAAGGGCUCUUUAGUGCGUUCCAUGGCGUUCCCAAAACCAAUUGGAUUCAAAUUCUACAGAGAUUCUUUCAAAUAUAUAGGUGUAAUGGCUAUUAUUGCGAUGCUAGGUUUUUCAAUCAGUUGCAUCCAGUUUAUCAAAAUCGGCUUAGCCCACAAAACAAUGAUUUUAAGAGCCCUAGAUAUCAUUACAAUCGUCGUACCACCUGCCUUGCCCGCUACUUUGACAAUAGGUACUAGUUUUGCACUAAAUAGAUUGAAAAAGAAGGGGAUUUUUUGCAUAUCCCCUACCAGAGUCAACGUUGGCGGUAAAAUAGACGUUAUGUGCUUUGAUAAAACGGGUACAUUAACUGAAGAUGGGUUGGAUGUCUUAGGAGUACACGUAUGUGAACCAAAUAAUUUUAAUUCAUACAGACUCAGUGCAUUAAAAGAAAGUAGUAAUGAUAUAUUCACGAAAUUUUCAUUGCAUGAUUGUAACUCGCCUUUAGAUUACAGGAAUAAAAACUUUCUGAUGUCGUUAUUGACCUGCCAUUCCCUAAGACUCGUAGACGGAGAGUUAAUUGGUGAUCCCCUUGACUUUAAAAUGUUCACAUUCACUGGCUGGUCAUAUGAUGAGGACUUUCAAAAACAAAAAUUCCACUCCAUGUACGAGGAAAGACACCAGGGAUCAACUUUUCCUGAAAAUUCAGAUAUCGUUCCUACGGUUGUACAUCCAAAUGGAAGUGAUCCUAACAACAAAUUCAUCGAUAACGAUCCCCAUAACUUUUUGGGCGUUAUCAGAAGUUUUGAAUUUUUGUCAGAGUUGAGAAGGAUGAGUGUAAUUGUUAAACCAAGUGGCGACGAGGUAUAUUGGGCCUUUACCAAAGGUGCUCCCGAAGUUAUAAUGUCGUUAUGUAAUAAGUCAACUUUACCGAAUGAUUACGAAGAAAUUCUACACAAAUAUACUCACGCAGGCCAUAGAGUUAUAGCUUGUUCGGGGAAAAUGCUUCCUAAACACUCCUGGUUAUAUUCGCAGAAGGUUACAAGAGGAGAAAUUGAAUGUAAUAUGGAAUUUUUAGGAUUUAUUAUUUUCGAAAACAAGCUCAAAAAGGCAAGCAAAGGAACAAUAGACGCGCUGCAGAAUGCUAAUAUUCGUACCAUUAUGUGUACUGGUGAUAAUGUAUUAACUGCAAUUUCUGUUGGUAAGGAAUCUGGCCUGAUUCAACAGCCACGAAUUUAUAUUCCAGUUCUCAACGACUCUGAAGACGAGUUUCUGGUGUGGAGGGAUGUCAACGAUCCUGAUUCCAGGUUGGAUUCCGUCACGUUACAGCCAACGGGCAUUGAUAAUGUUAAUGACUAUACUCUAGCAGUGACAGGAGAAGUAUUUAGAAUUCUCUUCGCCAAUGAAACAGAGUAUCAAACUCCCUACAUUUAUGAGAUACUGUUAAAAGCAUCGAUAUACGCUAGGAUGUCUCCUGAUGAGAAACAUGAACUUAUGGAACAACUACAAAAGAUUGGCUAUACUGUAGGUUUUUGUGGUGAUGGUGCAAAUGAUUGUGGUGCAUUAAAAGCUGCUGAUGUAGGAAUUUCCCUCUCUGAGGCCGAAGCAUCCGUUGCAGCUCCUUUUACCUCACAAAUUUUUGAUAUCAGUUGUGUCAUAGAUGUGAUCAAAGAGGGUCGUGCGUCAUUGGUAACUUCAUUCGCUUGUUUCCAAUACAUGAGUCUUUAUUCCGCAAUCCAAUUUAUCUCGGUCUCGUUUUUGUACAGCCGUGGAUCUAAUUUGGGUGACUUCCAAUUUCUUUAUAUUGACUUAUUUUUGAUUGUUCCAAUUGCCAUUUUCAUGUCAUGGUCCAAACCUUACAACAAAUUAGAUAAAAAGAGGCCCUCAGCUAAUCUUGUUUCUUUGAAAAUUCUACUCCCUUUAUUUAUUAGCUUCCUAUUAACUUUACUCUUCCAAGGAAUACCAUGGAUAAUAGUACAGCAACAGAGUUGGUACAUUAAACCAAUUGUAGGAGGCGAUGAUGCUGUUCAAUCCUCUGACAAUACGGUGCUGUUUUUCAUUUCAAAUUUCCAGUACAUUCUUACAGCUGUAGUUCUUUCUGUGGGGCCUCCAUAUAGAGAACCGAUGUCUGAAAAUACUGGAUUUAUAGUUGAUACCUUGUUGUCAAUAAUUGCGAGCUUACUUUUGAUGUUUAUAAAUAGUGGCUCCUUCCUGGGGAAACUAUUUCAAUUGACUCCAAUUUCAAAAGGUUUCAAACUUUAUAUUAUCUGUUGGGCAGUUUUGAACUAUUAUUCUCAAUUACACCUUCCUAUACUAAUUAAACCAUACUUGAGGAAAAGGGAAAGUAGCAAAUUUUACAAGAGAUUAUUAAAUCAGAAAAAGCAUGUCCAUUCAGUUUAA